CCCCGCCGGCCCAGGGCUCCGCCCGCCUUGGUGCCAGCCGGGCGCACAGGCGGCGGGCGCGCGGCUCCGGUGCCCUCUCCCCCGGCCGCCCGGCUCCAUGGAGUAGCUGGGUCCCGGGGGCGGCUGCAAGGACUUCCCUCCCGCUCCCUCCUCCGCUCCGCCCCCACCUCCCGGCCCGGCUCCGAGAUCUCGCCGAAGACAAUUGCAGUAAAUGAGGACAUCGGAGGAGCACGAAGCCGGGUGGCUGUGGCUGGCUCCGCCGCGCCGCGAGCAAGCGAGCGCGCGGGCGUCCCCGGCGCCGGCUGAGCCCCUGCCUCGCGCGCUUCGCUGAGCCGGGCCGGAGGGACGCGAGCUGCGGCGCGGGGGCCGGCGGGCCGGGCGGGCCGGGCCGGCGGCGGCGGACAGAGCCUUCCCCUGCGCGAGCUCAGCGAGCCUCGCCGCGGAUGCCCUGCUCGGAGUGCUCCGUGCCGCGCCAGGCUUGCCCGGGUCCGCGGCGAGACAUGCCCGAGCCAGGCGCUGCACCGACCUCGACUUAUCUGUAAGCAGCGGAAGGAACCAUGGUCAGUAAGGACAGCGGGAGAUGCGUACUCACAUCAUCGGAGAGUGACGUGGAGCCCGCCGCCUGCCUGGCCCUGGAGAUGAAAUACGCGCUGGAUCCCAACCGGCAGAUCAAGAAGCGGAACAAGGCCUUGCAGGUGCGGUUCAAGGACAUCUGUGAGGCGCAGAACGAGCAGAGGGGCGCGCAGCUCUCCGCCGAGCAGGCGGCCGAGAAGCGGGAGGCCAAGCCCGCGCCCCGCAGAGCCUACCGCAAGUACAUGACCGUGCCCGCGCGGCGGUCCAUCCCCAACGUCACCAAGAGCACAGGCGUGCAGACCUCGCCGGACCUGAGAAAGUGUUACCAGACCUUCCCUCUGGACCGCAAGAAAGGGACUCUGAAAAGCCUCCCCGCUGCGGACGCCUUUAAAAGUCAAAACAAUGGGUUUGUAGUGGAUUCUAAGGAGAAGCGGGAGGAGGCGUCCCGGGAGGAGGCCCGGCCGUGGGUGCAGAAGACCACGGCCUUGGUGUUCCAUUCCGACGAGCACAUGAACGCGCUGGACCAGCCCGCCGGCGUCAACUGCGCGGAGCCCUGCAGAAACCCCGACGUGCGCGGCUGCAGGGACGCGGCUGCACACAGCGCCCCGGGGCGCCCCGCCCAGGAGCCCGACCACCAGCGGCCCGGGGCAGCGACCCCCAACGCUGAGGACAGCACGCCUUCCGCCCCCGGCAGGGUGUUCAAAACCGAGGUGGCCGCGGUGUACGCACCUGCCCCCGCGGCCAAGGCCUUGUCCAACUCUGCCGCCGCCAGCGAGUGGUCGCUGUGCCCCGCGGCCGAGGAGGAGCGGGGCGGGGCCGCCCAUGUCAAUGGGCUCCAGGCACCCCCCACGCAGUGCCUGUCCCCCGAACGUAGUGACCGGCCCCUGCAGACUCAAGCCGCACCGGGGCAGCAGAACCAGCCCUGUCCAACAGAGGUCGCUCUGGGGGAAGAAUGCCAAAAAAUCGUGCCUCCCACAGAAGUGGUGGACCUGAAAGCACAGCUGCAGAUGAUGGAGAAUUUGAUCAGCUCAAGCCAAGAGACCAUCAAAGUGCUGCUGGGAGUCAUUCAGGAGUUGGAGAAAGGAGAGGCUCACCGGGAAGGGCUUUCAUAUCGGACUGGGCAAGACACAGCUAAUUGUGACACAUGCAGGAACAGUGCAUGUAUUAUCUAUAGUGUGGAGCUAGAUUUUAAGCAGCAAGAAGACAAACUCCAGCCUGUUCUGAGGAAUCUCCAUCCUUUUGAGGAAACUCAGGUUGCACCUUCGCCUUACUCUCAGGAGACGUACUCCUCAACUCCCAAGCAAAAACCCAAAACUGAAUCUAAAAAGCAUGGAAGAUGGAAACUCUGGUUCCUUUAAAACUCACGGUGUUUGGAGUCUAAAGGCCGUCUUUAAAACCCACGGGAGUUAAGUAAAUCCUUUUCCAAAACGCAUAGGGUCGAGGGAACUGUGGCUGACUCUGUGUCACCCCGUUCUCACCCUGCUUACCAAAAAGGCCUUUGUACUAACAGAUCAUUAAGAAAAGCAAGGCAUUCAGUGUCACACCUUGCCAGCUGUUCUUUGCAGUUCGUGGAUGUGGGAUGUAAAGUCUGAAACGAAACUUACGUAGUCAGAUGACAAGUCAAAAUUCUAUCCCCACCCCAGAUCGGCAAGUAUUAUCAACCUGCAGAGCAGCAGGCUUGUCACUCUAUACACAGCUAAAACUCAUAUUUAUUUCCAAACCUUUAUGUUUUGGGUUCUUUUUUUUUUUUUAAUAAUGAGAAGAAAAAGCAAGCCUUAUGUUUGCAAAGGACUUCAUUUUUACGUUUCAUUUUGCAAAUAAGCAGGGGGUGAGUGCAAUUUUCAGCACAUCAAAUUCUGGAGAAAGCACAAUUUUUUCAAGUGGUCAGAGACCAUGAAUAAUCUCUAAAAUGUGACUCUAUGUGUAUUUGCCUUCCUGUGCUGUAGCGCUAAGCCAAGUGACCACAUCUCAGCGUCACAGGGACACCUCAAAUUUAGCAUUCUCCACGUCUCCAGACAUGCGACAUGUUUACUGCUCAUUUUUCCGGCCAGCAGCCAGGAGUCCCCCAAAGUCAGGACAUGCCUUUAAUCACUGCAAGUUGACAGGGUCCGAGCUAUUGGACACUAAAGCUUUCUUAGAUCUCAUUUUUAAUCUUUUGGUACCCAAAGGCCAAAUGAUAAAUGCUGGCAGAAAUGUGAAAACACACACAGAGAUACACAAUAGAUGAUACAGUCACCCAUAAAUCACAGGCUCGCUCUGCCGCUGGAAGGUAUUUCUGUGGAUCAAUCUCUGAGACGCUGACGCUCGCCAGAAGGACAGGCAGAUGUUUCAUACAGUUUAGUAUGCCUCGUACCAGUGGUGGAAGACCCGACCAUCUCAAGGAGAAACAGCGUGGUUAGGUUAGCUGCUGCCAUUGGACAAAUUAAUAUCACCUCCAUUUAACCGGUUAGUAAGUUGUACUAAAUGAAAUACCUAGGGGAAAGCUGUGAAUCAAAUGUUUUUAGGUAUUUUUUAAAUAAACAGUGACACUUAGAGUUCUCUUUUGAUGACACAUUGCAAUAUAAAUCUUAGUUCUUUAUUUUUUCACUCAUUCCUUUGCACCUUUGCAAGUAUCUUUUUAUAGAAAUCAAAAGCCCCUAGUCUACUGAUGAUGUUGUCUAUCCAUUUGUGCUUUUCACACUAGGAAGCAGGGAUCUUAUUUUGCCUUUUUUGGCAUAACUUAAAUUUUGAAUAGUUUGUGAAUAUACAAGAAAACCUAGUCUUCGAGUUCCUGUCCAAGAGUUUCAUAUCUGAUCUAGUGUGGACACGCCUUCCCCAUCGGCUAGACGCCAAAAACAAAGUGGCCCCUCCAUAGAAGGAUCUCCACCUGCAUUUGUCAGAUUGGAGCUCUUUGUUGCUGUGCAUUUUCCUCCUGACUCAACAGCAAAUCUACUUUAGUUCUAAGUGUUUUGAUUCGACAAGGACCUAUGAUCAGCAAUCAGACCUGAACUUGAAAUAAACGAAAAGAGCAUAUUGUGUAAACAUUCUUUGGGGGUUACUCUAGCUACACCACAGAUGUAUGCUUUAAUUAAAAGAAAAAUACACAUCUUUUGUGGAAACACUAGACGAGGAUACAAAUCCUGGAAUAUCAGUAAACAGAACCGAGAAAUAUUUUUGUGCAAAAGAAGGAUGAACACGUCGCUUCUGUACCAAGAAGGAAGUGCAAUUGUUUCCUGUAGACAUAAAAUUUAAAAACUCUGUUUCAUGUAUUUUAUACUCUUUUUAACCAACGUUACAAAAAUGUUUGCGAUCAGUUAUCUCUCCUUGUGUUUUAAGAAUCCCAACUAUCUCAGUGAAUUGAAAUAAGGGUAUUAGCAGCUUUCUAAUUAGAACUAUAAAUCUGUCUAAACAAGAGGACAUCCUAGUGAACAAAAUAACAUCACUGUUUGAAAGCAGUCUAGAGCAAAAAAAGAAAAAAAAAUUCAGAGUCGAAAAGGAGACUGAAGAUACACUAAUUCCUAUAUAUAUUCUGUCUUCAGAAUAGGAAAAAAUAUUUUCAAAAUCAUUUCAUAGUUUAAUUGCAGUGUGUCACUAACAGGUGAUGAUUCUUCUCUUAGAAAGAUUUAAGUAAAAACUUUGAUACAAAACCAAGGUAACAAGUACAGUGUUCCCUCCUAUGUAGAUGUACCCAUGGCAUUACGUAUAGAGAUUAAAUUAUUAUACUUGUCACUAAGUUCUUUAUUAAUUUUUAAAUAAAAAAA